AUGUCUGCACAACAACAAGUUAUUGUUAAAGCUUAUUACAAUGAUCUCGUUGAAAAUCAACCAGAAAUCCGUCGAUUUUCUAUUGAUGUAUCACCAACCAAUGAUGUUUAUCGAACAUUGGAAACAACUAUUUCUCAAUUGAAUAGUAGUUAUCCUCAAGGUCAAUUUACAUUACAAUAUGUGGAUGAAGACAAUGAUCGUAUUACAUUUUCAUCUGAUAGUGAAUUACGAUCGGCUUUGACUAAUAUUCCUCUUGGUGGUGUAAUUAAAAUUUAUGUUAAACCAAAAGUUAAAACACCAGAAGAAACAAGUCCAAAUGCAACAGUUCAUCCUGGUGUUACUUGUGAUGGUUGUCAAGGUCCUGUAGUUGGUAUUCGUUAUAAAUGUACGGAAUGUCCGGAUUAUGAUUUAUGUCAAGCAUGUUCGGAUAAAAACCUUCAUCCUGAACAUAAUAUGAUAAAAAUAAGUCCAUUUCAACAUUUCUUUGGUAGACAUCGUCGUUGUGGUCGUGGAUCGUUCAAUGGUGGUCGAUUUGGUGGUGGUGGUGCUCGUUUCUGGCAUCAUUUUAUGCGUAGACAACAAGGUUGUCCAGCUGGUUUUCCAAUGCCAGCUGAUAUGGCUAAUUUUCUUGGUCAAUUCAAGGGUAAAGAAUUAGCUGAAUUAGUUGAAGCUCAUUUACCUGCAUAUUUACGUACGGAAAAAGUUAAUGAAAUAAUUAAUCGAUUCAAAACUGGUGAACAAGCUGAUAAACAUGUUGAUCAAAGUACUCUUCUAGAAAAUAUUGGCCAAUUUCUUCGUGAAAUUCUUUCACCUUUUGGUAUUGAUUGUGAUUAUUUUGUUGAUAAUCAACAAACAAAAACAACAACGGAACAACCAGAAACAAAGGAAAAAACCGAAGAAGCAACAGCAAGCAGCAAUACAAGUGCUGAACCUAAAUCAUCUGCUCCUCCGUCAUCAGAAGCUUCAUCUGCUGCUCCAACAACUGGAGCUUCAUCGGCUUCAGCUGAUGCUCCGGCAUUUGGUAAUUUACUUGAGCAACUUCAUACAAUGUUUGCUCCAAUGUUUCAACCGCCAACCUCAUCGGCAACAGCAGCAACAACAGCAACUGCUACAACGGACGAUCAACAAGCUCAAGAACAAAAGAAAAUUGAUGAAUGUAUUGAACGGAUGACUUCAAUGGGUUUCGUUGAUUCGAAUGGCGUUCUUACGGAACUCAUUAAAGCAAAAAAAGGUGAUCUCAACCAAGUUCUCGAUGCUCUCAAUCCACGCAAUUACAAAAACUAA